CAAGAAGUAGCUCUCAGUGCCUAAACGGAUAAUAACCCUUGCUGUAGCAUCACAGACAGGACUGCCAAACUAUUAUUAUCUUGAACAGGUGUGUAAAUUGGCUUUUCGUUCUGCCGAUUGAACACACCCGAUCGACAUCAGGUAAUUACUAAGUACCUACAAAUACUGCACAAACGCAGACAUUCAGUCUUUUUUCUGUGCAGAGUUUAAGGUAAGUUCUCGUGUUAACUCUCAGGGCUUUUAUAUGUGCAUUUUACUUUAAUGAUGGUACACCUGGGUUAGUCAACUUUUUGUGUUAACUUAAAAAUUCCUGUAUUUAAUGUUCAUGUUAUCACUUCAAUUUUCAUUGUGUCCGUUUCAUCAUUUCAGAAUGGCCUUGCAUGGUAUAUUAGGAGCGAAACCUGAGUUCCCUAAUUAUAAGCCACCGCCGCUUCACAUUUAUGUUGUGGCAGUCCAGGACCAACCCAAAGUGUUGUCCUGGGACUUUUCUAGUAGCGAUGCCAAACCAGGCCGAAAAAUUAAUAACAAAAUAGUAAUACUUUCUGACGGACAAACCGUCACAAAAAUGACUGUGUAUGAAAACCAAGCCUGCAAAUUUAUUCCUGGCAGUAGUUACAUAUUAAGGGGCUACAUUCUAAAGGGAGAGUCGCCCCCUUACCACUUAACUCUAACAAGGGACACUCAGGUUUUCAGAGGCGCCUCUAUCACCAUCAACGAUGUCCUUAUUAAGGAGGGGGAAGCCCUCCUUCAGCCGACUUCAGUCCUUACCCCGCUGGCUGAAGUCUCCGGUCAGCGAGACUUCAUGACGAUAAAAGGGGAAGUCAUUGAAGUCUCAAGUGUGAAGAAGGUGCUCUUUGGAAAGGAGGCAAUUCCCCUCAGAAACCUAACACUGCGAAAGGACAAGAUAAGAGCAUCCAUUUGCCUGUGGCAGGAGGCCAGUAUGGCAGACAUACAACUGGGGUCCCACAUGCGCAUAUCUCACCUGAAGGGGAAACACAGCGGCUACGGACUCCAGCUGCAAUCGACCAAUUACACCACGCUUGAGGAAAUAAACACUUCGGAGGAAAACGCGGACGACGUUGUCGGCGUGAUGGACAGCGAAACUCCGGGGUUCGUCAACCUUCUUCUCGCAGUUGUGAGCAUUGACCACUCAAAGUGGGAUCCCUUUGAAGUCCAACUCAGCAAUGGGCCAGUGCGGGUUAUGUACAAACGUUCUGGUAAUGUCAUUACAGACAUUUAUUCUUUAUGAUUAGUUGUAUUGUUAGUUUCAGGUCAACAUCUAUGUCCUGUUUAAUUUUUAUGCAUUGAUGUAAAGUACAUUUGGUUUAACUUGCAAUAAA